AGGAGGGGAGUGACAGUUUGUGUGGAAAGCAAGCGGCGGAGCAAGGCCGAGCGGCCGGCCAAGGGAGGGCAAUUGCGAGGCAGGUGGAGGUGCCGCGUCUGAGGUCGAGUUUCCCUUCUGUUAGGCAUGUGUAUGAGAUAUGAGAGACAAUGUCAAUAAAAGACAAGAGCGACACUUUGGUUUAUUCCUAUGAGUCCUCGGUACACAGUACUAAUGUACUGCUGAGCCUCAAUGAUCAAAGGAAGCAAGACCUCUUCUGUGAUGUGACUGUGAUAGUAGAAAACAAGCCCUUUCGUGCUCACCGUUCUGUGCUUGCUGCAUGCAGUGAUUAUUUUCUGUCAACUGUUGGAUGGACGAAAGAGCUUGACAUGCUUGUGACACUUCCUGAAGAGGUUACAGUGAAAGGUUUUGCACCGCUUCUUCAGUUUGCAUAUACUGCCAAACUGCUUCUGAACAAAGAUAAUGUGUUGGAUGUAUGUAGAAGCGUAGAAUUUCUUGGAAUUCAUAACAUAGAAAAAACAUGUUUUAGUUUUCUUCAAGCAAAGCUAUUUGGAAAGUUUAAAGAUCAUACAGAAUAUCCAAGAAAUGCCUGUUGUAUGUCCACUUGUCUGAAAACAAAUCUAAAAAUCCCUGUUGGUGACAAUGAAAAUUCUGAGAUUGAUGAUGAUGUGGAAGAAUUUCUUGAAUUUGACAAUCUCAAGAGUCCCUGUCCAAAACUCCGUAAAUGCAUUGGAGUUGGGGAAAUUUGCCCUGAUGCUCAAAAUGAGACAACUGACUCCAAGUAUACCUAUUUGAAACAAAGUGAAUGGGCCAGUUCAUUUUCUCUUUGUCCUAAAUACCGAAAAUUUCAGCUGGCCUGUGGAAAGGAACGUAAGCAAUCGUGGAGUAAUAAUUUGUCAUUACCAAAUUCUUCAUUGGAGCAAAUUGAACCUUGUCAAAAUCCAACAUCGACAGUCGAGUCAGAAGAUGCACCUAUGAGACAGAUUGAAAAGGAUCAUGUUAGAUCAUCUAUGAUGGGUGAGAAUGGAAUCCAUAAUGAUGAAAAUACUGAAGUGAAGAUCUCAAUGGAUAUACAUUACUCAGUAGCACAAAACAUCUUAGCUGAAGAAUCAAAUGGGUCAGUGCAAAAUAUUUUGGGUACUCAACUAAACUAUACUAAAGAGCAUUACAACUUGCCUUGCUCCCAGGCAGAACAACUUGUCUCUGAGACAUUGCAGUAUGACGUCUUGCAGAAGAACAGUGCUCCUGUUGCAAAUAUUGAAGGAAUAACAAUCGAAACUGGUCAAGGAUUUGAUCAGCAAAGUGCUUCAGAAAAAGGAGGGGGAGACUCUGAGAGAAAGUCUGUUAUUUUUAGCUCGAGUUGUUCUAAAAGGCAAAGUAUCAAUACAGUCUGCAGUGGUCAAAAUGUUGUGGAAAGAGAAGUGGCAGGAUUCUGGAGUGAAACUAAUGAUACAACAUCUAGCUGUAAGGAUGAAUCUUCUAUUGAAGAGAACAAUUGUUCAAAAGAACUCAAUGAAAUGAGAAUUUCUCUAUGUCCACAGUUUUCUAUAGAUUCUUGCCAAACCCUUGAAGAAAAUCAAAAUGCUCUACUACUGCACUAUACCUCUUCAGCAUUACACCUGUCUGGUUCUAACCGGUCUUCAAAGUGCCCAUUUAAAUAUAAUGCUGUAAAUUCAGUAUGUUCUAGCAGCUCAGGUUUAGAGGAUCUUGAAAGUGACCAAGGGCAUCAGCAAGGCAAAUUUGAUGACACCUGUACUACUAAUUCAGGAGAUGAUUUUGGCUCUGAAUCAGAGGAUGACAGUGAGUCAUGUUCUGCUAGAGAACAAGAUUGUGAGGUAAAACUACCAUUUCCUGUUGAAAGAAUUACCCUGUUAUCCAGAAAUGAUUUUCAAACAAUGCUGAAGCUGCAUAAACUGAAUCCAGAGCAAUUAGAUUAUAUCCAUGAUAUACGACGUCGUAGUAAAAACAGAAUUGCAGCUCAGCGAUGUCGAAAGCGGAAACUUGAUUGCAUUCAGAACUUGGAAUGUGAGAUACACACGCUGCUUUGUGAAAAGGAGAAAUUGCUGGAAGAGAAGGGCCAAUUAAAGCUGUCUAUGGGUGAAACUUGGAGUAAUUUAACAGGCCUCUGUAAGCAGAUAUGCAAAGAAGCAGCCCUGACCCCUGAACAAAUUCAGACACUAGCGAAGUACUCCUCCCCAGAAUGCCCUCUUUCAGUGCUGAAUACCCAAAGAAGCCAUGGCUCCAUCACUCACACAAAUCUAAUUAAUGCACAUCCAGGAUAUUCCAAGGUUUUAAAGGGUAUGGCAUGUAUUGGUGAGCAAGGCUCUGGUCAACAGCUUCGAGAAAAAACUUUGAAUAUUCCCAGCAGUCCACGAGAAGGGAUUACAGCAGAUUCAUCUAAAACUGAACAGUGCAGCCAAAAUGUAAUGACUGAUUUCUGUCAAGAAAUGAUAGACAAGUGUACCACAGAUGAGUAAUCAUGCUGUAUUUUACAAUUUUCAAUGGGAAGUAGUACACUUUAUAGAGCUCAAGAUUCAUUUACAAGAGCCUUGAUGUAUAGUUGAUACAGAAGAGCAAUGCAAAUCAUGUAUAAUCUUAUGCAUUUGAUCUACAUGGACUAGAAACUGAGAUAUGUUUUAUAAUGUUCCUUUUGAAUUUAUAGUACAUGUUAUUACAUGUGAAAUUUAUGCAAGUUUCAAAAACUGGAGGGGAAGGAUGCAUAUUGGAGCAAUCCAUAAAUUCCACUUAGCAUCUCAAUAACUUAAACAUUUCACUAAAUUUUAAACAUCCUGCAGCAGACAUUGGGUCGCCUAUGUCUGUUCUUUGCAUGUUUAUGUGAUGAGAUACCUUUUCAUUCUCAACACUUUAAAAUCUGUCUUCUCAAUUUUUCAAAAAAAACAGUGCCAUGUCCUCUUUGAGGUAUUGUAGAAGUCCAUGAACGUGAAGUUUUGCAUUAGUGAAGUUUUAUAACUAAACACUAAUUUGUUUCCUGAGCAUUGCACAUAUCCUCAAGCACUAUUCAAGGGCUUUCUUUUGCCAAGUUAAUUCAAAUCUUUCACAACACAGCAAAUUCCUAACAUGUGUAAAUGUAUAUUGCGAAUAAUGUCGAUCCUUGAUCCUUCACACAAUAUAGAAUAUUGUGAUAGUGGAUAGAUUGUUCUUCUAAAGAGACAGCACCAUAGGUUAAGUGUGUCUUUUAUAUUCAGAGAUGAUGUUUUUCCUCAGUAGUCAUCUUUGAAAUUUUGACCCAUUAAGUUCAUUUUACCUAAUCAAUGCAGGAUCCUGUGUGCCCUUUUGUCAGCAUUCUUUUGUGAAUUGAGUAGCAUUAAUGUAUUUCCUACUAUGAAACUUAAAAAAAAUUAGCAAGUUAGGAACAUCGUGCAUUGCAUCUAACUUAAUUUGUUAAUCUUUGGUUUAAUUAUAGCAAGUAAUUAUAGACUAUCUUUUUUAUUCUCUGGAAAUCAUGGAAACAGAAUCAAUGCUUUCUAAUAUUUGGUGCAGAAAGGAUCAAAACAAAGCUCUGAUCAUGUUUUCAAGCAGAUUUAUGCUUUAUUCAUGGCCUAGAAAAGAUGAGAAUAUGACUGAGGUGAUAGCUUCUUCCUGGCAUCUCUUAACUCGAUCUGAACUCCUUCUCAAAGAGGUCUAUAAUUAUGGGUUGGUGGAGGUGGUGGUGCUUAUAUAUACAUUCAAUGGCCACUUUAUUAGGUACAGGAGCGGAACCCAAUGUGGUCUUCUGCUGUAGCUCAUUCACGUCAAGAUUCAACGUGUUGUGCAUUCAGAGGUGCUCUCUGCAUACCACUGUUAUAAUGUAUUAUUAGUUGAGUUACUGUCUCCUUCCUGUCAGCUUGAAACAGUCUAGCCAUUCGCCUCUGACCUUUCUCAUUAACAAAGCAUUUUUGCUCUCAGAACCGUUGUUCACUGGAUGUUUUUUAUUUAUCCCACCAUUCUCUCUGAACUCUGGAGACUGUUGUGUGUAAAAAUCCCUGAUUAGCAGUUUUAGAUACUCAAACCAUCCUAUCAGACAGCAUCAAUCAUUCCAUGGUCAAUCACAUAGAUGACUUUCCUUCUCCGUUUUGAUGUUUGGUCCAAAUAACAAAUGCCCUUCUUGACCAUUUCUAUUCUGAUGUUUGGUCUGAUCAACAACUGCACCUCUUGACCAUGUCUGCAUGCUUUUAUGCAUUGAGUUGCUGCUACAUAAUUGGCUGAUUAGAUAUUUGAAUUAACGAACAGGUGUACUUAAAGUGGCCAGUGAGUGAGUGUGUGUGUGUGUGUGUGUGUGUGUGUACACAAUAAGUAUGUGUGUGUAGAUUUAUCGUCUUUAUUAUAUUUUGCAAUAUACUACUGCCACAAUCCAGCACAUUUCAUGAACUGGCCAAUGACAUUAAAACUGACUUUGAUUCUGCCCCUGGUCCUCAACUCCCCCAUGAUAGGGAACAUCCUCUCUGUGUCCACUCUAUCUAGGCUUCAACAAGAUAAACCCUGAUUCUUCUAAAUUCUGGAAAGUACAGAUCCAAUGUCAUCAAACGCUCCUCAUAUGUUAACUCUUUCAUACCUGGCAUCUUUCUUGGACCCUUUCCAAUGCCAGUACAAACUUUCUUAGAUAAGGGGCCUUUUUCAUAAUAAAGUCUUCCUUUUCACACCAGAAACAUUUCCUAUCCUGUCCAGAUCUGUUUUGUGGAACGUAAUCCCAGAUCCUUGUAUUUGUUUUGAGGCAUUCACUUUUUUAAAAACUUGAAAUAUUUCAAAAGAGAGUAAAAACAUCAAAUGUACACCUGGAUAAUUUAUGGGUUUUAUAGGGCAGCCAUGGAAAUCCCUAAUCAUGUAGACUCUGCAUUUAUUCAGAAAAGACAUUAACCAAUAAUUACUGCAGUAGUACAACAGAACAAUAAUUACUGAGUGGCUUAAGUUAAUUGAAAUAAAAUGCCUUUAUCAAUAUUACUUGAAAAGUGAAUCAUUAAAUAUUUUUAUGCUUGGUUUAGUUGUAUUGCUCCUAACCAUACAAUCUGCAAAUUAUUGACAAACUCUAUCAUUGUCUUACUGUAUGAUGAAGUUAACUAUUUGGUUUCUGUGUACAGCAGUCCUGUAGGAAAAUUUCCUUAUACUUUUCCCCAUGCAGUAGAAGCCAUUUAUUCCAGCCAAUAUCUUGACUACCUCAGUGUUGAAGGAAUACAUCAAAAGAGGCAAUGGUAUAUCAUUCUACCCAAAUGUCUCUCAGUACUUCUCCAGGGACAAUCAAGCUUCAAGUUGCAUACCUUUCUUAUUGAACAUGAUUGAUCACAAAUCACCACCAUGGGUGAAAGAAAAAUAAGAGUUGCUUAUUAGGGCAGCAGUGUUAUUUUAUUUUCAGUGGACCACCUAGUUCAACAUUAUUGUCAGGGAUUAUCUAACAUUAACAGUAUUCUUAUUUUUCUUUAUUGUUGCCCUAUAAGGAACAAUGUAGAGUGACAAUUUUUAAAAACGUAAGAUGCUUUUGAGAUUCAAUUCAAUUAUAUGCAAGCAAAGUAAAGCCUCCAAUACAAUUUGUGAAUAUAUCUGAGUGAUCCUUGAAAGUUAGGUUGAAUUUGGUAUUUGUAUUUGGAUACAGGAAACCUGUAUUUGGAGGAUGGAAUUAAUCAGAAAGAUAUGGAAAUAGAAACAAUUUGAAGCGUUUAAAGAUGUUUUAUUAUUUCUUGGGAGUACAGUAGAGGGCGUCUGAGAUCAAUUGUAAAUUAAAGUUAAUACUCUUAAAAUUCAGGGUGUAUUAAAAGAAACUUAAAUGCAAAUACAAAAAUUUGUCUAUGAUUCCAGCUAUCUUCGAAGACUAACUUUCCUUAAUUUAUCUUGAACCCCCUCCUCUUUCAAAACCAAGAUAAUGAAACAAAGAAUUCUCAUUUGUAUCAGCUCAGGUAAAACAAUUAAUUUUUUCCUUUAAGAAUUUUUUAAGUUAUCAAUCUUUUUUGUUAUUGUGGCUUUUCCUUUAAAUAUUAAUGCUCUCAGUUAACCUGUUCUUCAGUAAUGGACAGGCACAUUAAACAGUGAAAUGAAACAGGACUUUUUGAAUCAAAUGUAGCUUGUAUAUUUUUUUACAAUAUUUUUGUUCACUGCAGUGUUGUAGUUUUAUACCACAUAUCUCAUGUUUAUAUAAUGGAUUAUAAUAAAAGCUGCCUCAGAAGGCAAUAGAUGUGCUUAUUUUUGGUAGACUGUGCCUUCAAAGGCAUUAUCAAAAUUUGUAUACUCUUACAGAACAAGUAUUGUUGAAAUAGUCCAGGAAAAUGUAAUUCACUGCAGGGAUAUGGGCUGCAUGAUUGAAAUCAAGUGUGUUCAACUUUCAACCUCACUAAAUAUGCAGUUUAUCAAAUUUACUGGCUCAAGCAGAAUCUAAUUUCUCUGUGAUAUCUACAAAUCAGUGCUGAAUUUCUCCACAACUUUGAUAAUCCACCUUUUCUAUUAAUAAAAAAGUACAAAGAUUUUGUGUUUCUGAUGUGCAAUUUUAUAAAGAUAUUUACAGAAAUGUAUACUAAAAUCUUUUUUUAAAAAUUGUUAACAUGUUGCUGUGAUUAAUAAUACUCCUUUGAAGCACUAAUGGAAGAUUAGCACAGUGGUUGUCUAAUGUCUGGUCUACUUAUUCAUAUUCAGAUUCUGUUUAUGAUUGAUGUGUUGAAUUAACCUCAAAUAUUUCACUAUCUCUAAUCUUAUGAAUGUUUUUUUUGACAUUGUACAGUUGUAUUGUAAAUAAAUAUUCACUGCCAUUCUGUUUUUUUUUUGAAUUGUUCAAACUUCUAAGAUACAACAGUAAUUGUUUGGUAUGUCUUAGCUUUACUGAAUAUACUUGUUUGAAUUUUUAACAGACUUUACAAAAAGUGUAAAUAUUAAAAUGUGGUACAGUUGUUCAUCUCAAAAUGUCGUUUGUUUGUAAGUCUGAAGCCUUCAGACUAUGUAUUAGCCAAGUGAUUAGCUUAAUGCCUUAUAGUGCUAGCUGUAAGAUUGGAGUUUAAUAGAAACAUAGAAAACCUACAACACAAUACAGGCCUUUCAGCCCACAAAGCCAUGCCGAACAUGUCCUUACCUUAGAAAUUACCUAGGGUUGCCUAUAGCCCUAUAUUUUCUGAGCUCCUUUGUACCUGUCCAGGAGUCUCUUAAACGACCCUAUCGUAUCCAUCUCCACUGCCGUCACUGGCAGCCCAUUCCACGCACUCACCAUUGUCUGUUUUUUUUUAAAAAAAGAAAAAUAAUCUUACCCCUGACAUCUCUGCUGUACCUACUUCCACGCACUUUAAAACUGUGACCUCUUGUGCUAACCAUUCCAGCCCUGGGAAAAAGCUUCCAACUAUCUACACGAUCAAUUCCUCUCAUCAGCCCCCCUGAUGUUUGUACGUUAUCUCUGUGACCUCAUGGGUUUCCACUGGGUGCUCCAGUUUCCUCCCACAGUUCAAAGAUACACAAGUUAGUAAGCUGUGGGUGUGCUAUCUAUCUGAGCUGCCCCCAGCAAGCCUUGAUUCAAGCAAUGCAUUUCACUGUAUGUUUUGAUGUACAUGUGACAAAUAAAACUUUUUGAUGUUUAUUCUGUAUUAUUAUAGAUUUAAAUCAUGUACAUUAGUACCAAAUAUUGAUACACUUAAAGGGAAGUACUGUUUGCCCGAAACUUCGGCUGUACUUUAUUUCCAUAGAUGCUGCCUGGCGUGCUGAUUUCCUUCAGCAUUUUGUGUGUGUUACUGUUUCAAUGCUUGUAUUUUGACCCACGUUAAGCUUUUAUUCAGUGGGAAUUAACUCCAUAAAUCAGGAAUCAAGGCUA